GUCUACGAGGAAUACUACAAAAUCGAAUUGAAGUUCGCCAAUCGCGCAGCUGCCUACAUCGUCUGGGCGAUGCAGCGUACGCUGCGAGUUGGCAAGUGGGAGCCCGAGUUCCCAGACGUGAUGCUCAAGCCAGUGGGGGUGCGCAUAAUGCCCGCGCAGGUGACCUCGCACGAUGUUGCGAAGUUAUCGGAUGACCCGUUCGUGUGCAGACAGUGUGCCAAACGUACGGCAAGCAAUUCUAAGGCGGCCUGGAACCCCUUUCUCAAGGCACCGUGUCAGCCGACCCGCCUCGACGCUUUACGUGCUGAAGCUAUGGUGGAGUAUGGCUGUGGCACUGCCUAUCAGAUCUCGGAGGCUGGCAGGUUCGUGAUGGAGGCGCUGGAUGCAGCUGCUACUCUUGAGGACCCUGGCGACGUCGGCGAAAAGAUCGUCUCUGAGUGGGCCGACGCAGAA